AUGGUUCACUUUCCAGAAGAAAUUGAAUACAGUGAUAAAUACAGUGAUGAAUAUUACGAAUAUCGUCAUGUUAUAUUACCUAAAGCAUUAUUUAAAAAAAUUCCAAAAGGAAGAUUACUAGAUGAAUUGGAAUGGCGUUCAUUAGGAGUAUAAUAAAGUCGAGGAUGGAUUCAUUAUGAAAUACAUAAACCAGAACCUCACAUUUUAUUAUUUAGGAGACCAUUAGGAACUGAUUUAUAAACAGGAUUACCACCACCUGGAUUUAGAGCACUCUAUUGAAGAAU